AUGUUUCGGACCGAUUCAUUGCAGGGUACCCAAUUGAAAGUGACAUGUUUUGCGGUCGGUAGUCGUGAUAAAGCGUUGAGCGUGUGGCUGAUACCGCACAUCGAUCGACCGAUUGUCGUCCUCAAUCGACUCUUCAAACAUUCAAUUCUUGAUUUUUCGUGGAAUGGUCUUCAUUUAACGAUUUGCUCGAUGGACGGGUCAGUGAAGUCGAUUCUCUUCAAUGCAAAUGAAGUGGGUCGUUUGAUGAGCGAUUUGGAAAUG